AUGUCCUACCCUCAGGGUUACCUCUACCAGCCCCCUGGCUCGCUGGCUCUGUACUCCUGCCCGGCAUACGGGGCAUCGGCUCUGGCGGCCCCCAGGAGCGAGGAGCUGGCCAGGUCUUCGUCGGGAUCGGCGUUCAGCCCUUACCCGGGAUCGGCAGCUUUCACCGCCCAGGCGGCGGCCACAGGCUUCACCAGCCCGCUCCAGUACUCCACAGACCCCGCCACGGGAUUCCCCUCCUACAUGGGCUCUCCUUAUGACGCUCACACGACGGGGAUGACCGGAGCCAUCAGCUACCACCCGUACGGCAGCCCUGCCUACCCUUACCAGCUCAACGACCCCGCGUACAGGAAAAACGCCACCCGCGACGCCACGGCCACACUAAAGGCCUGGCUGCAGGAGCACCGCAAGAACCCCUACCCCACCAAGGGCGAAAAGAUCAUGCUGGCCAUCAUCACUAAGAUGACCCUCACCCAAGUCUCCACCUGGUUCGCCAAUGCCCGCCGGCGCCUCAAGAAGGAGAACAAGAUGACCUGGGCCCCGCGGAACAAGAGUGAGGAUGAGGACGACGAGGAAGGUGAUGGGGCAAGGAGUAAAGAAGAAAGUCCGAGGAAGAUGCUCGAGAGCAAUGAAACCUCCGCCGAGGACGAAGGGAUCAGCCUGCAAGUUGACUCGCUGACGGACCACUCGUGCUCCGCGGAGUCGGACGGCGAGAAGCUGCCCUGCCGCGCCGGCGACCCUCUCUGCGAGUCGGUCUCGGAGUGCAAGGACAAGUACGAGGACGUCGAAGAGGAGGAGGAAGAGGAAGAAGAGGAGGAGGAAGACAUCGAGGAGGACGACGGCGGCGGCGGCGGGGAGCGCGACCCACCGGCCAAGCCGGCCACCUCGUCGCCGCUGGCAGCGGUGGAGGCGCCGCUCCUGGGCCACCCGCACGCCGACGCCGCCCGAAGCGCCAGCAAGGCCUCGCCUGGCCCCCCGACGCCCGCCACCAAGCCCAAGCUCUGGUCACUGGCUGAAAUCGCCACCUCGGACCUUAAAAGCCAGCACCUGGGCCCCAGCUGCCAGCCCCCGGCUUUGUCGUCGGCCACCCCCGCCUCCACCUCGCACAGCGCUGCCUACUCUCCCUCCUCCCUCCUGGGGAGGCAUAUAUAUUACACCUCACCCUUUUAUAGUAAUUAUACAAACUAUGGGAACUUUAACGCGCUCCAGAGCCAGGGAAUCCUGAGAUACAACUCCGCAGCAGUGGCUGCAAACGACGGACUAAGUCAGACUGUCCUAAAUGCCAGCUCUGUUCACAAGCAGAGCAAUGACUCUUUGAAAACCAUCACUAACCAACUAGAACAUUACAGGCCCUCUAGUUAUGACUCUAAGAAAGAUCCCACUGAAGUCUGCACAGUAGGAGUACAACCGUACCUAUAG